AUUAAGAUGACAACAGUGCCGUCAACCUGCUAUCGCAGUCCUUUAGGGGCGUCGCGAAUAAUCCACACCAGCUACUUGACAUGUCUUUCGAAAAGCCUCACGACAUUCUGUUCCUCACCAAAGAGGAAGCAGAACGCAUCCGAAAUGUGGUCAAGGAGAGAUUCAAGAAAUGUUCUCAGCUCACUGGUCAUGCGCGCGAACCGAGAGACUCGAAAUCAGCAAUCAGUCAGGCUACUGGUGCCUCGCUCAUGGCAGACAUGGGCAGUAUGGCCCUCUCACAGUUUAAGGAGAGCAAAAUGCCCGCUUUGACCGUUGGGCAACCAUAUCAACCAUGCAUAACCCCUUGGAACGGUUUACAGUCAAUGAAGCUUUCCGAGCUCCGUCUCGAGACCCACCAUCGCCGCUGUCACCUUGCUAUCAAGCGCGUCAGUCCCGUGGUGACGCACGCAACAAGGUCAUGGACCAUUGUGCAGGACGAAGCCGGGGAUACAGAGCGCCUCGAGAUCGUCCUGCACAAGACGAGACACAGCAAGGAGGUGCUCGAGUCAGCAUUGUCCUUUAUUCUCAGAGAACCCUACUUCACUCUCACCGAAGAAGGCGAACCGACACUGAGAGUCGAUCAUCCGUCAGAUAUCAUCGUCCUGUACGAGCGAGAAAAUCCCCAACCGCAAAGCCACAGCCCAGUCGAACCCGAGGAAGCAGCCAGCUCCUACAAACAAAAAGGCAACGCCGCCCUCCAACAAGGCAACCUCCCUCUUGCCCACCACUAUUACACCACCGCCCUCGACCUCCUGACCGCCACCUCCUCCCCAAACCCAACUCUUACCCGUGAUCUACACCGCAACCGCGCCUACGUCAACCUCCUCAUCGGGCAUUUCACCGCCGCCAAAUCCGACGCCCUCUCCGCGCUCAUCCCGCAACCCGCCGAGAACAACGUUCAAGCUGCCGAACUCAACGGCAAGGUCUACUUCCGGGCCGCCACGGCAGCAUACAACCUGCGCCAGUUCGAGGACGCACAAGAUUUCUUUGAGAAACAACUUGCGCUAAUGCCCGCCAAUAAGGCGGCAGCUUCCAAUCUUGCCAGGACUAAGGCCCGGUUGAGGGAACAGCGAGAGGGCGUGUAUGACUUCGCUGCGAUCAGAGCUUCUUUGGCGGGGGGUAAGACCAAGGGUGAAGUGGACGCAACGAGUUUCGUUAGCUAUACUGAGGUCAGGGAAUCCCCCGGCAAGGGACGAGGGUUGUUCACGGUGAAGAAUGUGGCUGUUGGAGAAGUGAUCCUGUGUGAGAAGGCAUUUUGCGUGGCGUGGAGGGUGCAGACGGCUGUGACGUGCGAUGUGAGAGAUGACAGGAUACGGGUGGCGGCUGUUGGACUGGAAAGGGCGGUUGUGGAGAGGUUGAUGGGCAAUCCCUCAGAAAUAGGCAUGGUGAUGGAUCUGUUCGGGGACUGGGACGGCGGUGCCGCGAGUGGGUUGCAGAAGACGGUGGAUGGGCCGGUUGUGGAUGUGUUUCGGAUUCAUGAUAUUGUGGCGAGGAAUGCGUUUGGGCUGGGGCAAGACACUGGCAACGCCGGGCUGUGGGUGCGGGCGGCUUACAUCAACCACUCGUGCAUUCCGAACGCCGAGAGGGAGUUCAUUGGGGACUUGAUGGUUGUUCGUGCGGUGAGGGACAUUGCUGCUGGCGAAGAGAUUGUGCUUAGCUACGAUGAGUCAGGCGACUAUGAUGCGAGACAACGGUCGUUGCUGACCACGUGGGGUUUUGAGUGUGGUUGUGCUCUUUGUGCAGCCGAAAAGGGGGAUGAAGUCAGUGUUCGAGAGAAAAGAAAGAGGCUGACGAAGGAGGCGGACGAUUUCAUCAAGACAGUGCCGCGGACUGCCCAGCGGCUUGCCAUACUCAAGGCUCGGCGUCUGGCAAAGGCGAUCGAUGAAACAUAUGAGGCCGAGAGGUUCAAAGGGUUACCUCAUCUGGCAAGCCGAGGAAUCCGGCAGUGGCUAGCGAAAGGAACAUCUUGAUCAUCGGUCGGGCGAGUUUGUUUAAGUGGAGCCCAUGACGGGGGCAGACAUAAGAAGCAAUGGAAGAUCGAAGGGGAAGGCAACGAUGGAGAUAAGGAUCAGGGACAAGAAAGAAGGAUUAUGUUCAAGAAAGUGAAGGUGAAAGAAAAGCGCAAGAAAACGAAAUUGAAAGACGCAGAAAAAGAGGAGAAACCAUAAGAGAAAUAAACA